GAUUUAAGAGCGAUUGUAAUUCAUAUUCGAUUGGCAGAAUCAGUUUGGUUGUUUGCAUAUGGCUUGAAAAUUUGAUUUCUAAUUUAUCGUUCCUCUGAAUCGCACAGAAGUGGACAGGUCCGACUGGGAUUAGACCGCAAGAUAAGGAAACAACCUGGCAACACCGCGCUUUCCGAGCUCUCUGCAGACGGGUUACUGGAGAUACACGCUGCUGCACGCGUUAAGCUCUGUGGGUUAAACUGAACGAGACGUUCAUUCCCCGCAGUCUUGUUUACAGAGCAGGGAGUGAAACAUGUCGCGGAUGGAGGAGUACACAGAUGAGGAGUAUGAACGUGCACCGAAGCGGCUGAAAACUGACGAGGUGGAGGAGGGAGAGGAGCUGGAGGAAGGCGAGGACUCGGACUCAGCAUCCGCCGGGCUGCUAGGAGACGAUGAGGAGGACACACGGCGCUCCGGGGGGCAGGACCGGGCCUGCUGGACCCCUUCAUACACCUCCAAACCGGCCAAGAAGGACAAUGGCGAUGAGACCCACAGGAUUGCCCCCUCCCCCGUGGUGCAUGUUCGGGGACUCUGUGAAUCGGUGGUGGAAGCAGAUCUGGUGGAGGCCUUGGAGAAGUUCGGAAACAUCUGCUAUGUGAUGAUGAUGCCAUUCAAGAGGCAGGCGCUGGUGGAGUUCGAGGAUGUGGAGAGUGCUGACCGCUGCGUGUCUUCUGGUUCCCACGAGGCCGUGUACAUUGCGGGACAGCAGGCCUAUUUCAACUACUCUACCAGCAAGCGCAUCACCCGGCCCACCAACGCCGAUGACCCCAACAGUGGAAACAAAGUGCUGCUGCUCUCCAUUCAGAACCCACUCUACCCCAUCACUACAGAUGUUCUAUACACAGUGUGCAACCCGAUCGGCAAUGUGUUACGGAUUGUCAUCUUCAAGCGCAAUGGAAUCCAGGCCAUGGUGGAAUUUGAAUCAGUCCAGAAUGCCCAGAAGGCCAAAGCGGCCCUGAACGGAGCCGACAUAUACGCAGGCUGCUGCACCCUGAAAAUCGAGUACGCUCGGCCCUCACGCCUCAACGUCAUCAGAAAUGACAACGACAGUUGGGACUACACCAAACCCUUCUUGGUUAGACGAGAACGUGUUAAAGGUCGACAGCGGCAGGCCAUUCUGGGGGAGCAUCCGUCUUCCUACAGCGACAACGGAUACGGGUCACACUGCCCCCUGCUGCCUCUGCCCAGCAAUACCAGGUUUAAGAGGAGCUCCCACGACAUUCCUGAUGUGGUGGCGUACCCUCUGCCCCAGACCUCCUCCUACGUCGGCCACUCCUCCAGCUCAGUUGCCAUGGUGAGCGGCCUGCAUUCCGACAAGAUGAACUGCACCCGCAUCUUCAACCUCUUCUGUCUCUAUGGUAACAUUGAGAAGGUAAAAUUCAUGAAAAGUGUACCUGGCACAGCGCUGGUGGAGAUGGGUGAUGAGUAUGCAGUGGAUCGUGCUAUUACACACCUUAACAGUAUCAAGGUCUUCAGCAAGAGGCUUAACGUAUGCGUGUCUAAGCAACAUGCUGUAAUCCCAAGCCAGGUCUUCGAGCUGGAGGACGGUUCCACCAGCUACAAAGACUUUGCCAUGACACGUAACAACCGUUUCACCAGCGCAGGGCAGGCAUCCAAAAACAUCAUCCAGCCUCCGUCUUGUGUUCUGCACUUCUACAACGUCCCUCCGUGCAUCACUGAAGACGACCUGCUGAGGUUAUGCACCGAGCAUGACGUGCCAGGUUUCAUCAAGUUCAAAGUGUUUGAUGCCAAACCCAGCUCCAAAACCAUCUCAGGCCUUCUGGAGUUUGACAGUAAAACCCAUGCAGUGGAAGUACUGACAGUCCUGAAUCAUUAUCAGAUCAGAAUACCCAACGGCUCCAACCCCUACACCCUGAAGCUGUGCUUCUCCACGUCCUCCCACCUCUGAGAUGGAGCUGUGGACACACUUCAGACCACUGCGCUGUUUACACUGGACAGAGAAUAAAGGAAAGUUAGAUGAAAUUAGAGCAGCGGAUUGAAGGGGUGAAACAUGCUGUCAUGACCGAUAGCCAGAAGACUCUAAGCGCAAAACACUUCGUUUUCAGAUCUACAGACUUUUAUGUGUUUUUUCCGUCAUCGUUUUUUUCAGAUUCUGGUCUAACCA